AUGUUCACGGCAGACCCACCGGUAUCAGCCACCGGUGUCGGCAUCGGCUACGGCAUAGCCAUUGCCGUCAGCAUCCUCUUCCUCAUCUCAGCCAUCAUGCUCGCUUCCUACGCAUGCGUCAAAGUCAAAGGAGCCUCCGCCACCACCAGACCCCACGAAGACCGCAACGUCGCUUAUAAUAACGUCUACGAACACCGCAACCGCAGCGAGGCGGUAAACUCAAAUGACCCCGUCGUUGUCGUAAUGGGCCUCGACGGGCCCACCAUCAACUCUUACCCGAAGAUGGUGCUCGGCGAAAGCCGGCGCCUCCCCCAGCGCAACUACACCGUUUGCUGCAUCUGCUUGUCCGAGUACAAGCCCAGGGAUCAAGUGAGGUGCAUCCCGGAAUGCCACCAUUGCUUUCACGCUGAGUGUGUUGACGAGUGGCUUCGUAUGAGCGCCACGUGUCCCAUCUGUAGAAAUUCUCCGGCUCCCUCGGUGGGUCCAAGUCCUCUGUCCGAUUUGGUGCCGCUGGCAUUCCAUGCCAGGUGA